ACCUAAUCGCCAUAAAUUGAAGAUGCUAUUCUGAAUAUGGCCGUCCGUAGCUUUCUGCUAAAAUGACCAAAAGAAGCACUUUGGGCGCAUUUACGUGGGUUAUAAGGAUGUGUUUUCAAGGAUAGAAGCCGUGGUGAAUACUAGGACUGUCGGAUCUCGCUUUAUUUGACGUUUGGGGACCAGUAUGGCGGACGAAAAUGUUCGCUCGGAAUCACCAGGCGACGAGUCGGGCUCCGACAUACAGCGGGGUCAUGGGCAUUUUUUCGUGAAGAAAACCGUUCAUAAACCAACGUACUGUCACCACUGCACGGAUAUGUUAUGGGGUUUAAUUGGACAAGGAUAUGUAUGCGAAGUGUGUAAUUUUGUUGUUCAUGAUCGAUGUUUACGUACGGUUGUGUCACCUUGUUCCUGUGUAGCAGCACUUCUUAUAAAGAAUCCUGUGUCCCAUUGUUGGUCAGAACCUGGUCAUUUUAAACGAAAAUUUUGCAAUGUUUGUCGGAAAAGACUUGAAGACAGUCUAGCUAUUCGAUGUGAAAUUUGUGAAUACUAUUCUCAUAUAGAAUGUCAAGAUUUUGUUGUAAGUGAUUGUAUGGAAUGUGCUACAUAUGUACCACAAACCGAAAAGACUAAUAUUGUUCAUUUUCAUCACUGGCGUGAGGGUAACUUACCGCCUAAUUCUAAAUGUGUGCAGUGUAAGAAGACAUGCUGGUCAUCAGAAUGUUUGGCUGGUAUGAGAUGUGAAUGGUGUGGUGUUACUGCGCAUGCUGCAUGUCAUAAAACUCUGCCGUUAGAAUGUAAAUUUGGCAGUAUGAGAGAAAUAGUGCUGCCACCUAGCUGUUUAACUAUUCCUCGUUCAGAUGUACCAAUGGAUGUUAUCUUAGGAAUUAACAGAAAAACAGUAGCUUUACCAACACGUACAGUGUCUGAGGAAUGGUCUUCGAGUGGUGACUCAAAAACAGAAGAAGAGGAAAAGGAGAGGAGAUCUCCUCGUGAAAAAGAUGGUCGUGAUAAAGAGAAGGAUGCAGAUACGGAAGUUCUACGAGUGUUUGACGGAAAUAUGUCGUUAAAACGACGACAGUAUCGCACAAUAACUGUAUCCAAGAACGCUUCAGCUCAAGCUAUUUUGGAGACGUCUCUGAAAACAUUCCACAUAUCUGAUGACCCCAAAAAUUAUUAUAUAGCUGAGAUAUCUGAAUCAGGUGGUGAGAGAGAGUUGGAAGAAAAUAGUCCUAUACGUUCUCAGUUAAAAACACCUGAUGGUAAAAAACCAUGUUUAUUUCUACGCUAUAGAGAUAAGAAUCCGGAUAAAGGCUCUAUUAAAGUUUGGCCAGGUACCUUUAGACAUAGAAGUGCAUCAACUGGUCAAAGAAAUUUUUCUGUAACAAAAGAAACCACAACAAAGGAAAUAAUCAUCCAUGCACUACGCAAAUUUAAUGUAGAAGAGACUAACCCUGAUAAUUAUUCAUUAGUAGAAGUGUUAUUAGACCGUGGGGUGACCGAGAGACCAAUAGCACAUGAUGAGAAACCAUGGCAAUUAAUACAACAAAGGCGGAAAGAUUCAUUACGACAGAAUAUGAUGACCCGCUUUUACCUUCAGCAAAAAGAAGACCCCCACGGUCCUAGUAUUUCUCUGUUUGUGGGCAAUCUGCCAACAGGUCUUUCACAGCGACAGUAUGAGAAAAUAUUGGUUGACAUAAUAGGGAAAGAAAAUAAAUGGUCGCAUUUUGAUGUGAUAUAUUAUGAAUAUGGAUCUCUAGUUCUAGUGUAUACUUCCGCCGAAAAAGUCACGCGAACAUUUAAUAUAUUAAAAGAGGCGUAUUUUGAUGAAAAACAACUAAUAGUUCUACUAUUGCCAAAUAUACAGCCACAUAUGAUAUCAGAGAAUGUGAAUCCGUUGUUAGUAUUUGUUAAUGUAAAGAGUGGAGGUUGUCAAGGUUUAGAACUUAUAACUUCUUUCCGUAAACUUCUCAACCCUCAUCAGGUUUUUAAUCUUGAAUUAGGUGGACCACUUCCAGGAUUAUAUGUGUUUCGUAAUAUUCCAUAUUAUAAAGCGUUAGUAUGUGGUGGCGAUGGUACGGUAGGCUGGGUCUUGUCUUGUUUAGAUAAUGUGGGGCAAGAUGGCGAGUGUCAAUCACCUCCUAUGGCUAUUGUACCAUUAGGAACAGGUAAUGACCUAGCACGUGUUUUACGUUGGGGUCCAGGGUAUACAGGGGGUGAAGAUCCCCUUAAUGUUUUACGUGAUGUUAUAGAUGCAGAUGAGAUCAAAUUAGACAGAUGGACAGUUAUAUUUCACCCGAAUGAAAAAGAAACAGAUGAAAUGAAGGUGGCACUAGCAAAUGAUACAAACUCUGCCAACACAAAUGAAGAUCAAACUUCCAUUUUUGUGAUGAAUAAUUAUUUUGGUAUUGGAAUAGAUGCUGAUUUGUGUUUAGAUUUUCAUAUGGCACGAGAAGAAAAACCAGAUAAAUUUAACAGCAGAUUACAUAAUAAAAGUGUUUAUCUUAAAAUGGGUUUACGGAAAAUGGUGAAUCGUAAAUCUUGUCAAGCGCUACAUCGUCAUAUAAAGGUAGAAGUAGAUGGAAAACUUAUAGAUUUACCACCUGUAGAAGGAAUUAUAAUUCUAAACAUUCUUAGUUGGGCUUCAGGAGCCAAUCCUUGGGGUCCUGAGAGGGAAGAUAUCUUUGCUAAACCCACUCACUAUGAUGGUAAUUUAGAAAUUGUAGGGGUCACAGGAGUCGUGCAUAUGGGCCAGAUACACAGUGGUUUACGUACAGGAAUAAGAAUAGCACAAGGGGGACAUCUGCGUAUAACAUUAUUAACUGAUAUACCAGUACAAGUAGAUGGUGAACCGUGGAUACAACCUGCAGGUCAAGUUGUUGUUUUAAGAUCUGCAUUAAAAGCUACCAUGCUAAAGAAAAGUAAAAACAAAAUAAAACGUCGUAAUACAGAACCAAGCAUUUUUUUCCCGGAGAAUGAACCCUUAAAAGCCCUGCAAUCUCCAGCAGAAGAAAGUGGUCCUCUUUAACCAUAGAUAAGGAGGUAUAAUUGAGUGCCCUGAAUGUAGCUAUGCGUUUCUUAACUUAAAGACAUCACGGUAUAAAGCUGGACCUGGAUAUAUGAACUGGUUUUAUUAACCCUUGAUGGAAUAGGUCUUAUAUGAAAAUGGAAAGGGUUAAUUUUGGGGGGAAGGGGGUUUAAGGAACUAGUUGAGCAGAGAUGUCAACAGAAUUUGAUCUUUAGGUGAUUUCUUUGGAAUCAUUGAAGGUCAUGCUCAGCCAAUGAAUGUUUAACGGACUACUUUUUUUGGAGGCGGAGUGAUAUGCUACGUUUCGGUGUCUAACUGUGAUAAGGUUGUCCGUGCGUCCCCUUUUUCAUUCUCUGUCUUUUUUUUUUUAAUAGCUCUGUUCACUUAUUUGUUACAUUUUCUUGGGUUUAUUGUUGUUAUUUUUAUUUUUUUUGUCUUUUUUGACAGAAUUAUUAUAACCAACAUGUAUUAAAAUAUAGAAAAGUUUUAGAAAAAUGAAAACCCCAGAUAUUUUUAAAUCGUAAACAAGGCAUUUAUUUUACAAACUCUUGGAAUAUUGAUCUUUUUUUUUUUUUUAAAUUUAACAUUUUUUGCUUUGCACCAUAUGCAAGAUACAACAAACAAUGUAUUAGAACCUUAUUUUAAUUUUGAAAUUUUUAACUAUGCAGAAAAAUAAUAUAGUAAUUUGAGACAAUCUCUGUAUUGUCUUGGGGGGAAAAUAGGCAAGCUUUCGUCAGUAAUCAGACACAAAACCAACUGACUAAUAUUUUAGGUUUUUUGGUUUUUUUGGGGUUUUUUUACACGCAAGAGCGAAUAUACUAGAUUAAUUACUGCUGACUGCCAACAAAAUACCAUGAUUUUUUGCAAAUUUACUAACGGCUAUAUGUUUAUCAAAGUUUAUUAGAUUAGAAAAAUAACCUCAUUUCUUUAAAUACUCGCCAACAAUAAUUACUGGGUACAGUAGUUUUUCUUUAAAGUUUUUAGUUAAUUCUUUCUUCAAAAAUCAAAAGUAAGAGGAACAGGGCUUGUUGCUUUUAAAUAAUUUACAAUUUUAAAGACAAAAAUUGGCCAUUGUAAUUAAACCCAAUAUCUUUUUUUUUGCUCAUAAUUUAUCUGUGUUCGAAUAGAAAGGCCUGUAGACAAUAAAAUUUUUUUGGAAUAAAUUUUGUGUAAAAUGCUCAUUUUUUCAAAUUAGCACUACAGUAUUGUUUUAUUACUUAGAGUUGGCAUAUUUAUCAAAAUCUGACCGAGUUAUAUCCCCUUUUAGUUGAUCAGAAGGUUGUUGGGCUGCUGUCACACAGAAGCUUCUUAAGUCAUUUAAAUAUAUUUAACUUUUAGUAUUGCCAUAGGUGAUAGUUGCUCUGUUUAAGGAAGUAACAUGUUAAAAUUAGAUUAAUGAAAGUAAUUACUCAUUUUAUACUAGUCAAAACUUUAAACUGUGAUCUGAUGUAUUUUACUGUAGUUAGUGAUGCACUUAUUAAAUGAUACACUGAACUGAAUUCAAUGAUAAGCCAAUGAUAUUAAUAGAUACACUGAAAUGAUAAAUCAUACACAACAUGAUUUAAUUAUACACUAAAUAUAUAUCAUUACACACACAUGCUUGAGUCCAAACCAAUCUUUUGCUAUAUUUUAACCUCAAUAGCCAAAUCUAUAUAAAAAAAAGAUUUUUAUGAUUAAGUUAAAGUCACUUUUUAAGUUUUUCUGUUACAAAAUGAGUUGUGCACCAUUUAUUGUGAUAGUAUAAAAAAACAAAUAUCAAUGCAAAAUUCUAAUCAAUCAAAUUUUACAAUUUUAAGAAAUCGUAAAACAGAUUUAAUUUAUAAUUUAUUUCACAAUUUUUAUUUGUGGUUGGGUCGAUAAAUCAGGAAAAUGCCACUGUGCAAUGAACCAGAAGGGUAUACAAAUUUUAAGUAUUAUUAUUUCUUUCUGUGUAUUUUCAAACUCUUGUAUCUUUACAGUUGAAAAUGAAAUGUUCUGCUCCGACUGGGCUAAUGAAGACAGGCACACACCAUACUGUGUGCUUUGAGGGAAAUUUUGCCCGGACAGCAGCGCUUUACAAUUGACCAAAAUUGUAUGUCGGUUUUAGCCAAAAUAAGUCAUUUUUGCGAAAAUCCCAGCUGAGUCAGAAACUUAUAAAGUAAGAAUUGUUAUUGGGAUUGUUGAAGUUAAUUAGGAAAAGUGUUCAGUCAUUUUUAAAAAAACACACCGUUAAAAGUCAAGUUAUACGUGUAUUUAAAAAUUUUGUUGUUAUUUCUAUUGAUUGACAGGGAGUUAUUUUUGUUUUUUUUUCUUCUUUCUUUUGUUCUUUUUGUGUGAACUGUUUAAAUGGGGGCUGUGCAAUGAUUAGUUAAUAUGAACUUAAGUGAAGUUUUAAAUGGAACUUAAGUGAAAUUAAAUGGCUGAAUGGAGGUGAAAAUUAGUGUUUUUUUUAAAUGUAUAUCUAAUAGAUAUUUCUCCUGUUGAUAUUUUUAGCAAAUAUUUUAACUAAAAAUUAUAAAUAAUAUUAUUGUCCAUCUUGUGCUCAAUUUUAACACAAAAUCAAAAAGACUGAAAUCUCACUGUUAGUGACAUAUUUGCUAAUACUUUAUCUGUUGUGUUUGUACUAAAAGCUGAUUUAAGAUGGAAAAAUUUGAUGGAUUUCUAAUUCCAUGAUACUUGUACAUUUAGCCGAAAAAUUCAAGCUUUCAUCAAAAAAAAAAAUGCUUUGCUAUUUCUUAUGCGCUACAUAUUGUGCUACAUAUUGAUAAAUAUGUCGUUUAAAGUUAGAGUGUAGUCUAUUGAUAUUGUGUUUUGAUUUAAUAUGAGAUGGACAAUAGGAGAUAAACUAACUGUGGAUAAAUGGGAACAAAGAUUUCUUAGUUAUCUCCUCCUAAUUGUGAGGAGGCAAUUGAAGUUAUUUCCCUUGAUUGAAUAAUUAUAUUAUUAUAUAUAUUAUAUAUAUAGUUAUACAUUAAAUGACUAUUUCUUUUUAAUUAAUUCAUGAAUUAAUUAUAAAUAAAUGAAGAAUCCAUUUGGGUUGCUCAGUUAAUUUUUUAUUUUUAUUUUUUUUUUUUGUUUGUUUAUUUUAUUUGGCUGUUUUCAAAUGUAUAAGUGUAAAUAUGAGUUUAUGUAAGAAUGCAAUUUCUCGUAAAAAAUAUAAAUAUAUAUAUAUAAAUAUUUAAAAUAUUAAGAAUAUGUCAUUAUGUUCUGAUACCAUUUGCAGAUAUUGACAAAAAAUAUACCAACCAUCUCACAAUACUUUUACAGUGAUGAUUUUGUUUAUAUUAUUAUUAUUAAUUAUUAUUAUUAUUAUGAUUAAUUAUAUAAAUUAUUAUUAUUAUUAUUAUUAUGUGAUGUUAGUAACAUUUAAUAUAUCUGUGCGGAUCUGUUGAGAGGAACAGAUGUAAGGAAUUAUCAAUGAAACUUCUAAUGAAACCCAUCACCAAUAUCACACGGCCACUUUAUAUUGUUAUACAUGUAAUAUAGAAUUAAUUAGGGGUAACAUUUAUUGCAUAUAAUUAUCAUUAUUAAUUCAAUAAGUUUUAGUUUUUAAUUAGUUAAUUUCUUGCAUAAUUAGAUUUCAUUAAAGGCUCUUUGUUUUUAAUACAAAGAGAUUGUUGGAACAGCAAAACAAGUUAGGAUAUUCCCCCCGGGUAAUAAAGUAAUAGUUUUCUUGUUUUCUAAGAUUGUCCCACAAUGAUUCUGACUGAAUUUCUAAAUUGAAUGUUAAACGAAUGGAUUAGUUAACAAUUAAGACUGGUUUCAUCAUGAAUCUUACAUAUUUCUUACAAUCUGAAUCACUGGUCAUAGUGACAAUAUUGAACAAGGAUAUUCAUAAAUUAAUUUAUUUACUGUUGAGUCAGGUUGUAAUGAGAGGGUAGCUAUAGCCAUAAUUGAAAAUCGCACAUGAAGUAACUUGAGGUAUCAUAAUUUAUGGCUAUGAAGAUACAGUUUCUAUUUUAGAGGACUUUGUAAGCAGAUAACCAUGUUUCUGCUUGGUUGUGUAAGUUUAAAUUGUCCUGCUUAAAAUGAAAGAACUAGCUUCAUGGUUGAAACAGUCUAUGGUGUGUUCUUAGAGGAAUCUCAUGAUAUUGGUUGUCAAUAGUUUAUUGACUAUAAAUGGCACUAUGCCAUUCUUUUCAAAAGGUAACAAAAUUAUUGAAUUAAGCAUGAAAGUUAAGAUAGUGAUAUGCAUUUACUCAAUUAAAACUUAAUGCAGCUGAAUAUUUUGUUAUAUUAUCUGAUUCACUGAAAUAUUGAAUUAAGUUCAAAUAAAUAUAUGUGCUAGGCUGGGAAGGUAUGUCUUUUAUGUAUUC